UUUUUUGUCCUUUUUGUUUUCCUUUUUCCUUUGUAUUUCUGUCCUCUUUUUUUUUUUUUUUUUUUCCUUUUCUUUCUUCCCCUACCGUCCUUUCAAUGUAGCAAAGCAUCAGCAAAGCCGGGGCGCUGCAACGCUUUGGGGCCUACCCGCAAUGAUUAAUUGCAACUUCUCCAACUUUCCUCUUCUGGUGUUUGUGCAAGAUCAGAAAAGAUGAGUCCGUGGGCAGAUGGCGGGGGGAACUUGCUCAUUUUUUCCUCUUUUCUUGCGAGGCUCUCCCCUCAGCCUGGGGCGCUUGCCUUGCAGCCGGAGCCCGGGGAGGCUGCUGAGCUCUCUCCUGCUCUCCCAGGGAACGCUCGAGCACGAUGGUAUUGUCUCGCUGUGCUUCUGGAGUCGAGUCUGGUUCUCAGUUGUCACUUUAGGUGGUUGAAUGCCCCUGUUUUUUUCCGUGUAGCGGGAGCAGUACGUUUAAAGAUUCAAUUAGCGUUUCGCAAAUCAAGCGCUGAAGUUAUUUGGUUUAAUUAUGUUGCAUUUAAUUAGCAGAGAAAAAAAAAUCAAUGCUGUUUUGUAUUUUUUUUUUUUUUUUAUUGUAAGGAACAGCUAGACACUUUCCUACUGGGGACCGUGCGGUAGCAGCGUGAGUCAGGAUGUGUGAAGUACAGCAUUCAGGCUUCCCAGGACAGCAGCCGCUGAUUUAGGAAGAUUCCUAUUUCAAAGGAGUAGAGUUGGUAGCAGCCCUUCUCUGGUUUUGAUCAUUCGAUCCCGGUUUGUUCUGGCUUCUGUGCUGCGCUGUACAAGAAUAUGUUCUCUUGUGUUACGGUUCUGGAGCAGCCUCAAGGGACGAGCAGACUGGCUGCCUGGCAGCCGGCUUUGAAGCGCAGCACAUAGGCAUGUUUCCAGCUCUCAGCACUAAGCCACUGUCUAACAAGUGUGCAUCGCAUCAUGGGACAAAUGUUAUUCCAGAAAUAUCACGGGUUAAUCGGAUGCACCAGCCCUGACAUAGUAUCGCAAUGUAACGCUUUGCUUUGGGGUUCUGGCUCUCUCUUUCCAAUGCUUACUGGUAUAUCGCUGCCACUUUUUCUCCUGGAAGCAGGUAACUGCUUAAGGAAGGGGUUAGCGGCAUUUAUAGACCUGGGGCCAGCUCUAAAACAAUUGCCACCUGUUAACGUUAGAGGUGAAUUUGGCUUGGGGUUUUAGUAAAUGCUGAUAGCGCUAUAGACAGUAAUUGCAGAUGUAUAAAUAAGUGAUCACGUUUUGUUUAUUCGCGUGCAGUAAAUAACCCUGUGAGAAUAGUAAAUAUAACUCCACACCAGCGAAGCAGCGUGAAGAGUUCAAACACGGGAAGAUGACUCUGUAGACACACACAAAUGCAGUGCGGUUCCAUAAACAAUAGAACAGAAAGGCCAAAAAUACCAUACAAAAAUCAUACGCUGCGCAACCUAGAGACCCGACCUUGCAACACACUGAACUCCCAUUGAAGAACUCAAGACAUCAUGCAGGAUCCGUCCCCAGAUUCUGAGCGUUCCCAUCUCUCCUCGUUCACUAUGAAGUUGAAGGGCAAGUUUCAUUCACCAAAAAUAAAGAGGACCCCUUCAAAGAAAGGAAAGCAAGCUGACCUGACAGUGAAAACGCCAGAGAAGUCAGCGAACAAAAAUGUAUCAUGGCUAGAGGAAAAGGAGAAGGAGGUUGUCAGUGCAUUGCGCUACUUUAAGACUAUUGUGGACAAAAUGGCAAUUGAUAAGAAAGUGUUAGAGAUGCUGCCAGGCUCAGCAAGCAAAGUGCUGGAAGCCAUCCUGCCCUUGGUGCAGAUUGAUCCACGCAUCCAACAAAGUUCUGCCAUCUCAUCCUGCUACAGCCGUGUGUACCAGAGUCUGGCCAAUCUAAUUCGCUGGUCUGAUCAAGUGAUGCUGGAAGGUGUGAAUUCAGAAGACAAGGAGAUGGUGACAACAGUUAAGGACGUCAUAAAAGCUGUUCUGGAUGGAGUUAAGGAGCUGGUCAGACUCACGAUUGAAAAGCAGGAGCAUCCCUCUCCCACAAGCCCAGUUAAACCCAGUUUACCAGCAUGUAAAUCUGACAGCCCAUCAGAACUUCCCCUUACAGACCGAGAAAUGGAGAUCCUAAACAAAACAACUAAUAUGACUCAGUCAAAUGAGCUACUGACUGACUCCAUGGAUGAAGAGGUUGCACCUCCUAAACCCCCUCUGCCUUGCAUUCGUGUGGCAGAAAACAGCCCUCCUCCAGCCUUGCCCCCUAAAAAACGGCAAUCAGCACCUUCCCCAACCAGAGUGGCAGUUGUGGCCCCCAUGAGUCGAGCCACCAGUGGGUCCAGCUUACCCGUUGGAAUCAACAGACAGGAUUUUGAUGUUGACUGCUAUGCCCAGAGAAGGUUGUCAGGUGGAAGCCACUCCUAUGGGGGGGAAUCUCCUCGCCUCUCACCGUGCAGUAGCAUCGGCAAACUCAGCAAGUCUGACGAGCAGCUCUCUUCUCUGGACCGCGACAGCGGUCAGUGCUCUCGCAACACAAGCUGUGAAACAUUAGAUCAAUCCGAUCACUAUGACCCGGACUAUGAAUUCCUGCAGCAGGACCUCUCGAAUGCUGAUCAGAUACCUCCGCAGAUGCCAGGUAUCCUCAGCCCCUUGCCAGAGUCCCUGGGCGAGUCUGGCUCCCCUUUCCAUGGACAUACUUUCCAGCUCCCACAGGGCAGCUCUCCUCCGCUGGAAUUUUGCAGCCUCUCGGGAGCUGCGCAGCCAACAGAGACUCCUCCAGCUUUACCAGAAAAGAAGAGGAGGAGCGCAGCCUCUCAGACUUCAGAUAACUCAGGCUGCAGGAUCUCAUAUGAAAGACACCCUUCACAAUAUGAUAACAUCUCAGAGGAUGACAUGCAGAACGCAGGGUCUGUCGCAUCAGUACCCUUCACACCACUUGCUGCUGUUUUGCCCUUCCAGCAAGGAAACUCUUCAGCACCGGUUGAAUUAAUGGCUGACUUUUCUAACAGUGACCCAGAGAAGCCACCACCUCUGCCGGAGAAGAAAAACAAACACAUGCUGGCCUACAUGCAGUUUGUGGAAGACUACUCAGAGCCGCAGCCAUCCAUGUUCUACCAGACCCCGCAGAACGAGCACAUCUACCAGCAGAAGAACAAGCACCUCAGGGAAGUCUAUGGCAUCAACGACUCCUUCAUCAGCUUAGAACCCUCUCAAGACCUGGCACCUCCACCCGCUCUCCCACCAAAACAGCGGCAGCUGGAAUCUCCCUCCGUCAAAGACGGCCACUCCAAAGACUCCGGUUCAAACAGCAGUGCCAUGGGGAAGGAAGGCAAAGAUGGUGCUGAAAGGCAGCAGCAGUCACCGGAUGCUUUGGAAUCGUCACAGUUGGAGGAAGAAGUAGAUGAGCUCUCCCUUAUUGACCACAGUGAAAUUAUGGCUAGGUUAACGCUGAAGCAAGAGGGAGAUGACGGGCCAGACGUCCGUGGUGGAUCUGGAGAUAUUUUGUUAGUGCAUGCGACAGAGACCGACAGGAAAGAUCUGGUGCUGUACUGUGAAGCCUUUCUGACUACGUACAGGACAUUUAUUACCCCUGAAGAGCUCAUCAAGAAGCUGCAGUACAGAUAUGAGAAGUUUUGCCACUUCCCAGACACGUUCAAGAAGCGAGUCAGUAAGAACACCUUCUUCGUGCUGGUGAGAGUGGUGGAUGAGCUGUGCUUGGUGGAGCUGACAGAGGAAAUUCUCAAGCUGCUGAUGGACCUGGUGUUCCGGCUGGUCUGCAACGGGGAGCUGAGCCUUGCCAGAGUGUUACGCAAAAAUAUCCUCGAUAAAGUAGAUCAGAAGAAAAUGCUGAGAUUUGCCAAUUCCACCAAACCUCUUGCAGCCCGGGGGGUAGCAGCCAGGCCGGGGACCCUGCAUGAUUUCCACAGUCACGAGAUAGCUGAGCAGCUGACCCUGCUAGACGCUGAACUCUUCUAUAAAAUUGAGAUACCAGAAGUUUUGCUUUGGGCAAAAGAGCAAAAUGAAGAGAAGAGCCCCAACCUGACACAGUUCACAGAGCACUUUAAUAACAUGUCCUACUGGGUCCGUUCAAUAAUAAUGCUACAAGAGAAAGCCCAAGACCGAGAGAGGCUGCUCCUUAAAUUUAUAAAGAUUAUGAAGCACUUACGAAAGCUGAAUAAUUUUAAUUCCUAUCUGGCAAUUCUUUCUGCACUGGAUUCUGCACCCAUCCGAAGGCUGGAGUGGCAGAAACAAACCUCAGAGGGCCUGGCUGAGUACUGCACGCUGAUCGACAGCUCCUCGUCCUUCCGAGCCUACCGAGCAGCUCUGGCUGAUGUGGAGCCUCCCUGCAUACCUUACCUAGGCCUGAUUCUGCAGGACCUGACCUUUGUUCAUCUGGGAAACCCAGAUUACAUUGACAGCAAAGUAAACUUCUCCAAGCGCUGGCAGCAGUUUAACAUCCUGGACAGCAUGAGGUGCUUCCAGCAAGUACAUUACGACAUCAAAAGGAACGACGACAUCGUGUCCUUCUUCAAUGACUUCAGCGACCACCUGGCGGAAGAGGCCCUGUGGGAACUGUCCCUCAAAAUCAAACCUCGGAACAUCACGAGGCGGAAAACGGACAGAGAAGAGAAAACCUAGGAGGAGGGGGCUGUGCGAGCGAGGAGAAUUGCUCGGCAGAUGCGCAGAGGGCAGCUGUGAGACUGGAGUUCAGUAUUUGUACCUGUUACUGGGUGACGCACCCUCCCUCCCGGCUGGCAGCGAUCACUGGGCGUGCGAGUGUCGGGCCGCUGAGGGCAGAGAUCAGCCAGUGCUCGCUGCACUCGCCUUCCUUCUCCUCCCGUCCCUCUGUGCCAUCAAGCAGCUUUAACCCCGAGGAGAGAGCUUCGUGGAAGGAGGGUCCCAGGCAAAGUGUGUUACAGGUGGUGUUCGGAGAUACCUGGGCUUUUGGUUUCAUCCGUGGAGGAAUCGGCAAGAGCUCGGCGCCCACGGGCCGGUCGCGGCAGCGCAAGCAGCCGUGGAAGGCGAGGUUUUGAGUCUUGCCCAUGACGCCACCUCGCAACGUGUUUAUCCCUAGGAGACGAGGAUGGAAGAGCCUCCGCUGUCUGCCAGGGGAGCUCUGCUUUCGGAGAGCUUGCUUUUGUUUACAGGGGUCUUCGGUUUACCCCAGAUCUCUCUCGCCUCCUUUCUGGGAGGAAGGCACCGGUUGUAGAUACAGAAGAGGCACUGAAAACGUGGGCAGGGACCCGCCGUCUCCAGUCACCGUACCCCCCCCUCCUCCUCUUAGAUCUCAUUAUUUAAGCAACGGUAAUCCCUCCGAACCCUGAACCAGAGACUUCCCGAGGUACCGCGGUUCACCUGUCUGUGGACCUGUGUCUUUAGUGAUGGUACUAGCUUUUGCACAGUAAAUUCUGUAGUAUACGACUGUAAAUAUUAGUAUUUAGAAUCCAUUGAGGAAUUUUUUUUUGAUGCAUGUCCGAAAACCCAUGGGUUUAUAGGAAAAAGGAAGAAAAAGUGCAAAACAUUAUGUGUAAAACUCCCACCCAGUGACAACGGCGUUCAAGUACAGGAAGGAAGGAGGCUCGGGGCCGGCCGUGGGGCUGGAGGCAGGCAGCGGGCAGAGGAGCUGGGGUCGCCUCUGGGGUGGUGGCAGCCAACAGGGAAGGAGCCGAACCCGCCGGCCCCACCGCCUCGCUCCUCUCCCCUCCCCUCCCCUCCCCUUCCCUCCUCUCCUCUCCUCUCCGCUCCCCUCCGCUCCGCUCCUCUCGUUGUUGCCAAAUUUUUUCUCGGGGGGUUCCCCACCCGGAUAGCCCCGGUGCUGUGCUCCGCGACCCGCGCUCUGGAAGCAGCCCCAGCCAGGCCCUGUCCCCAGCCCUGCCUGGCACAGGAGAGGGGUUAGCACUGCCCGCCCAGCGUGACCCGUCUGUCUGUCUGUCUGUCUGUCUGGUGUGCCUUAUUCAGCCCCUCCCUGUCCCCUCCUGUCCCCUCCGUGUCCCCUCUCCCAGGGUGUCCUUGCCAGUGCAGCCCCAGCUGGGCCCUUUCCCCUCCCUCCUUUCUGUCCUCAUUCAGUUGUUUACAGCGUGGGUCCUGGUUUUGAGCAUAUGCUGUAGAUUUUAUCAGCCUUGCAAGGCCUUUUUCAGACCCAUGUCAUGUGGUCACAGGUUUUUAAGAGUUCGUCUGACAAAAUCCUGCAGUUUUAGAGCAGUGGCUCAUACAGGAUGUUUUGCAGAGCAUCCUUGAUUUGUUUCUCAAUAGCAGGUCAAUGUUUGCUAAGCCUCUGUUUAUUCUGGGUGAAUCAGAGGUGCGAGCACUUCCUUCUACAGAUUGCAAAGCUUUCGCUGCUCCCUGGACGUGCUGGCUCCAGCUGCCAGCCUGCAGCAGGGAGCGACGGCGGCGUUACCCCAUCCACAGGACUGUGUCCAGCUCGAUCGCUUCCCUGAAGCUGCAGGCAGCAGGCUCCCAGCGCAUUGCCUCGCGCCGCCCAAGCUGCUGCAGUGGCCUCCGAGACACCCGUGGUGGGAUCCGAACCAAGACGCCUGCACCGACAUCGGCAGCCCCGUGGGAGCGUUGGCGAGAGCAAGACACGGCGCGUUGAAGCACACGUCCACUUCGUGCGUCCGCAUCGGCUUUGCAGUCUGGUUGGGAGAGCAGAGCAAAAUUCUCAAGCGUUUCCCCCCCGCCCCUGUUCGUGCCCUCGCAGUCCCCAGAGCAGGAGGAGCAGGGCUCUCGCUGUGCCAAACACGACACCUGAGUCAGAACACUUCAAAAGCUUUUUAUUUUAUUUUAUGGCACUACCAGCCUUGGAGCUGCAUGCCAUGUCCGGUCAAGGCUUUGCAAUCCCUGAAGGCGUCGCAGCCUUUGAAGCAGGACGUAGUACUUUGGUUUUGCUUUGUAAGUAAGAUUUUAAAAAACAACACGACGAGAGUGUGAAAAGGCAAAAAUCCGAUCUCUGGCUGGCACAGGGCUCUGCUGGCUCUGAACACGUCACUACCACCGCAGUGUGCUGUAGCUUAGGCUGUUCCUAGGAGUAUCGUGUGUGGUGAUAGCACUACAACACACCCCAUCGGUUCAGUUCCCCGUGUGCCGGGCUGUGUGGGGAGGCGCAGCGUGGCGUGGGCUCGAUGCCCCCGCUGCCGAGGAGGCCCGGGGGCAGCCGUCGGGUGCAGCUGGUUCGCGCCCCCCCCCCCAUCCUGCGGCUGCUCCCCUUUCCCUCGCUGUGCGUGAGCUGCUUUCAGUUCUCGCCCUGCGUGCGGAGCCGAGAGCCCCCCGCUCCCAGCCAGCCCCCGGCAGCAGGAGCUCAGCUCACGGCGUGGGGACGGGAGGCACGAGGCGUGCACGGCCGCAGCUCCUCGGCCAGCGAAAAGCUCUGAGCGUGGCCACGUCUGGUGGGCAGCCGCUGCGAGCCCCUCACCUCCCUCGGGGGGCAGCAGGGGGGGUCUCGGUCUCCUCGCUGGGUAGGGAGGGGGAGAAGCGGUGCCCAGCGCCCUGCACUGCCCCCAGCCUCUCCCACCAUCCCCAGCUGUUAGGCUGUAUUAUAUAGUUACCACUAACCCGGUCCUGAUGGUGGCGUCGUCCCGCAGACAUUUCAAACCUGUAACUUUUAUAUUAAAGACAAAUAAACACCAGUAACAAACCUGCCUAAUGAUCCUGUUUACAGUGCAUGCAGCAGUCUGUGGAUUAAAGUGACAAUCAAAUCCGC